CUCCGCAUUGCCGCAGACCAGCCUCGCCGCGCGGGAGGCGGAGCGUCCCGGUUCCCGAGAAGCGGCGCGCUCUUCUGGGCGCGAGGGAAACCGGCGGGCCAGGAUUUUGCUGCAGAGGGAUUGCGGCGGAGCGUCGAGCUGCGUGCAGGAGGACUUCAGGGGAACCAUGGACAAAAUGAACAACAUUCUGCUUACAAUAUUCAUUAUUGUAACUGUGUCCUGUAGUUCUGGCUAUGCACUCCGGUGUUACACUUGCGAACAAAGCCCCUUCCUGUGUAGGACAAACCUUACCUGUAGCUACGAAGAAGAUGCUUGCUUGCAAAUUAGGUUUGUGCAUUUGAGAACCUAUAGCUGCUGGAAAAUGUCACAGUGUACCACAGAACAAGUUGCCAAUUACUUUAACGCCGACAGUUUUAGAUUCCUUUGUUGCCAAAGAGAUCUCUGCAACAAAAGUUUAAACACCAUGGUCAGUACAGUUCCUCUAGCCAUUUCUGCAGUGACUGUGAUUUGGAUGAUGUUCCUGUGAUAUGGAGGUUUUAAAAAUGUGUUGUCUAUACACACCACACUUUCCCAUCCUUUUUUUUUAAGCUGAUAUGUCUGCAGCAUUUGGAGAAGGGGUGCAUUGUCUUAAACCAGAAAAGUAUUCAGAUACACAAAAGAGAAGGGGCUGCCGGGACAGGUUAAAAUCCCCUUUUCAGAUAACUUGGAAAACAUGAAAACACUCCCGAAUGAGAGAAACCCAUUCUGUAAUAAAAUGUUCUCAGCCAGUGUAUUCUGAUGUCCUUUAGCAACUGAGCCACCUCUGUGAUUCUUAGGGCUGGUCAACAGCUGUGGGGGGGCCAGGGGGGGCUGCUUUAACCUGCUCCAGAUGGCAGUUCUUAUGUAGAAACAAACACAUUCUUUCUUAGCUAUCUGGAAUCUUUCAUAUCCAACACUUGCAGAGAUGAAAAGAGAGCUAUAUGUAAAGAGCCAUCUACUUAAUGGACCUAAUACGUAAAUCAUCCCUAUUUGUAGGGCACAUUACAUUUCUAGGUGCUUGAUGGCAGAGCAGAGGAAUUCCCAAUAAAAUCAAAAUUAAGUCGGCAAGAAAAAA